GAGCAAGCGCAUUCGAUUAUUCUAAACUUGCAUGACUUUAUUUGUUCCUUCAAACUCCCCAAAGGAUCAACAAUCUGCCCAUCAAUUAUCAUAACAUUUGUCAAGGACACAAACUACCAUUUCCUUUGAUCUGCUUGUCGUGCAUUUCAUUAACAUAGAAAAUUCCUUUUAACGACACAACCUGAUCUUCAAAAAGAUCUCUACAUUUUCCUCCUCAUUUCUGAACCUAAAAAUUCAAAGAAACAAUGGCCGAUCAACCCAGCAUCACAUCUAUCCUGGCUGCUUUGGCAGCGCAGCGUCCCAAUGCGACCCCUCCGCAGAAUCAGCAGCCUGCGUACCAGCCUCCUCAACAACAGCCAAAUCCCUAUGCACAAACCGGCGGCUACUCUCUACCCCAGCCUACAAACUCAGGCAGUGUUGAUCUCAGCGGUAUCAAGCCUGUAAACUCCGGAACUGUUAGUAUUCAAGAUGCCAUCGCAAAGGCAAAGGUGAUUGCUGCUGAAAAGGGCGUUGCCUACGACAGAGCUCCAUCUUAUGCUGGACAACCCCCCAUGCCCUCCGGCAGACCGUACAGCCCAAGAUCUAGAUCUAGGUCGCCACAGCCAACACGUCGCGAUGCCUUCCGCGAUAAUUUCAACCCAUAUCGCGAUGAACGACGAGGCCCACCAGGUAGAGAUUACCGCGAACGUUCAUUCUCUCCCGGAGUGCGAGGCAGAGGCCCAUCCGAUGCUUUCCCACCGCCACAUGGAGGUGCAGGUGGAUAUGCUCGUGAACGUUCCCCAAUACGCGGUGCAGAAGACAAUGUUGAAUCAAUCUCAAUCGAAUCGAAUCUUGUGGGAUUGAUCAUUGGUAGGCAGGGCGAGAAUCUAAGAAGAGUGGAAUCAGAAACUGGUUGCAGAGUACAAUUCAUUACUGGCCCUGAUGAAACAGGUCCUUUCAGAACCUGUAAAAUCACUGGCCCUCGUGCUCGCAGAGCGGAUGCCAAGGCUGAAAUUACUCGCAUUAUCGAUGACAGUGGUUUGGGCCCACUCUCAGACCGAGCUCCAAGAGAACAGAAUGCCACGCGAGAUUCAUCGCAUCAACCCGCAUUGAGAGAUGGCGAGGACAGUAUGCAAAUCAUGGUUCCGGAUAGAACAGUUGGCCUUAUUAUCGGCCGCGGUGGAGAGACUAUCAGAGAUCUUCAAGAGCGAAGCGGCUGCCAUGUCAAUAUUGUUGGAGAGCAGAAGAGCGUCAACGGACUUCGACCAGUCAACCUCAUCGGUACUCGAGAGGCUGCUGCCAUGGCCAAAGAUUUGAUCAUGGAGAUUGUUGAGAGCGAUAGUAAGAGCGCACCAAAGGAGCGUGCACCCGCCCCACGGGAGAACAAUCGUGACGCUGGCUAUGGUGGUGGUUAUGCUAGCGGUGGUGCUGGCGGCGGCGGUCAAGGUGAUAAGAUCAAUGAUUCAAUCUUCGUACCUUCCGAGGCUGUAGGCAUGAUUAUUGGCAAAGGCGGCGAGACGAUCAAAGACAUGCAGAACACGACCGGUUGCAAGAUCAAUGUAACCCAGUCUUCGGGACCAGGUGAGGUUGAACGUGAAAUUGGCCUUGUAGGCUCCCAGCAAGCUAUAGCAGCUGCCAAGCGAGCCAUUGAAGAUAAGGUUGAUGCUGUACAACAGAAAAACAAUGGCGGUGGUGGCGGUGCUCACCGCAGCAACCGGGGACAACAAAAUCAACAGAAUGACUAUGGAGACCGUGGCUAUUCCCAACAGUCGUACGCCCAGCCACAAGGACAACAGGCCCCCCCAAGUGGCGCUGACGACCCCUAUGCAGCUUAUGGUGGAUACGCCAACUAUGCACAGCUUUGGUAUCAAGCAUUGGCCGCGCAAGGCCAAGGUGAUACAACCAAGCCGCCAGGAACUUCGUAACUUUACGACAGUGAUUGCCAGCCGUAGGAUGAUUCGACAUUUGACUUGCAUGACAUACGCUGAGACCAUGACGUUCGAUUCAUUUUCAUCGAUAUAGUAUGCCUGCAUUGCACAUGAUGACGAUGACCGAGAACCUUCGUACUCUUUCAUUACUGGCCUGAAAUUGGUAUACUUUCUUCACUGAGUUGAUCACGCAGCCCAGGAUACUCUAACUUAUGGAUACACGAUAUAGUAUGCACUACCUGCUACGUUUACGAUUUUUGAUCAUGAUUUGUCAAACAAACUUCCGGAGAAGAAAACCCCAAAAAAAUGAUACCGACGAACCAGAUCUUAUCUAUUUGUAGAUGAUGACCAAACGCGUGCCAUCUACUUUGCUCUGUGCAAUGCAAUUGAUCUGACAAUCUGCUUCUGCUUGACAACCAUGAUUUGGGCUUUUGGUACUGGGUAUGAUCUGCUUGCAAUCCUGAUAUUCAUGCAUGAACGUCUUUUUCAAUGGUUCCUAUUUACAAUUGUCCUUGAUGCUCUGGCCAGCAUGAUCACUAUUGUCGAUGCAAUUGUCGACCUUGAACUUUUUGAUUCAGAUGUGAGGCUCACGCGAGCAAUUUGGUUUGGCUGGUGAGCAUGGUCUGAGUUGGUCUGGAAACUUUUCGAUUUAAUGCUGCAUGCAUGACUUGAUCGCAACAGAUGAUACUGAUAACUUGCUUGCUUUGCUGAGUACCUUUGAACUUUUGGCUUUUGCUAUUGCUUGCUUGCUUCGUGGAUGACUGCGCGACCAAUGGUCAAUCGGAUUAUUCAUUUACUUUCUUACUUGCGCUUGAUGGAUACCACUUAUCGGAUAGGCAUUAUUUGGGAUGGUGUGUGGGAUGGUGGGUAAUACAUACAAAAAGUCAUUAAUGGACAGGAGUGGUGGAUGGGAUUUAUCGAUUGGUAAUGUUUGUAAGAUAGCCAUAAUAAAAAAUCGUUUAUAACGUUUGAAGAGUUUCUAUAGAUAAAAUGCUAGGCUGGGUCCUGUGUAUGGGCCGGAAAAUGUAUCUCGACAACUUAUAAGUGUUGAUGAAUGUAUGUCUUCAUAAUGGGCA